CGACAUGCAACUACCGUUCAAAUCCAAAGAAGAAGAAACAGCAGGCUGUUGUUGCUUUCUGCGUGGAAAUGUCUCGGCUCCAGGCUGUGAAGGUUUUCAUCCAGCAGCGGCUAUCCGCGGCGGUGGAGGAGAUCUUCGGCCACCUGGAGAGGACAAUAACCGAGUGUGAGGAGGAGAUGGAGAGUCGACACCGACACCAACAGCUGCUGGAUGCGGAGCUGCAGAGAGCAGUGUCUCCUGGAGACGUCCAGCAGCCAUUGCUGGUUAAAGAAGAGCAGCAGGAGUGGAGCGCUGGCCUGGAGCCACCUAUUAAAGAGGAAAAGGAGGAUUCAUGGACCAGUCAGGACGAUGAGCAGCUGCAAGGACUGCGUGAGGAGGAUAUCACUAAGUUCCCAUUCACUCAUGUCCUAGUGAAGAGUGAAGAUGAUGAAGACACACCUCAGUCCUCACAGCUUCAUCAAAGACAAACUGAGGAGAAGGUGGAGGCAGAGCCUCGAGCAAGCAGCUCAAGUAAACAGAUGAAAACAGAAGCUGAUGGAGAGGAGUGUGGAGGAUCAGAACCAAACAGGAUCUUAGUGUCUAGUAUUAAAUCUCUGUCUGGGUCUAAUGACAAGACUUCACACUCUUUUGAAGCUGUGAUUAAAAACAUUGGUGAUGGUUGGAAGGAGAUCAGGAAGACUCAGACAGAUUUAAAGAAUCAAGUUUCUGUAAAUGAUCUGGGACAAAGUGCUGUCACCAAAUCGUUAAGCUGUUCAAAAUGUGGGAAAAGAUUUGGCCAGAAGCACCAUCUGCUGACACACAUGAGGUGUCACACAGGAGAGAAACCCUUUAGUUGUUCUCUUUGUGGCAAAAGAUUUUCUCAAAAGGGAAACCUGACACAACACCUGACCGUCCACACACGGGAGAAACCGUGCAGCUGUUCUGUUUGUGGAGAGAGAUUUGCACAGAAAGGAAAUCUGACACAACACAUGACAGUACACACACGGGAAAAACUCUGUUGGUGAUGAGCUUUGGUUGGUGAAGUCAAAAAUCACCAACAUGCUGUGUGGCUCAGGAGGUAGAGCAGGUCGUCUACAAUUUAGAUGAUCAGCGGUUCGAUCCCCGCCUCCUCCAGUCUGAAGUGUCCUUGGUCAAGAUACUUAACCCCAAAUUAGAUGAAUGGUGUGUGAAUGUGUGUAAAUGGUUAGCUCUUAGAACUGAUGAGCAGUUGGCACCUAGCAUGGCAGCUAAUGUCAUCAGUGUAUGAGUUUAACUGUGUACUGUAUGUGUGAAAUAUUUAUAUGUUUGUUAACUUUGUAUCUCUUGGUCCAGAGCUGGGAGGGGUGGGUUUAUGGAUUUUUAUGUAUACGUUAAAAAAAAAGAGUGUGAAAUAUUUGUGCAAAUCACUUCCGAAAUGAAUAUUUAGUAAAAAAGAGCACUGAGCUA